AUGCUCAUUGGCAGGGCCCAGCUCGGCUCUUUAUUUUCCAGCCCCGCUUCCAACCGCGACUUUGCAGUCCCCAACAGCUGCGCGCCCCUCCCCCUCCCGGCCCGGACGCUCAAAACCUGUUUUUGGACACUAAACUAUGACAUCAUGGCAAGAUUUCGCAGAAGAACAUGCGUCAUUCUGUUACUUUUUAUUUUAUUUAUUUGCUCCAUAAUGAUGGCCUUGAAGACUCUCAGACCUGACAGAGCUGGUUUUGGGGAUCCAUUUGGACUUGGUCUUUUACCAGACCUUCAACAACGGACAACACUCUUAGAAAAUAAGCAAAAUCCACAAAAUGAUGCCAAGGGAGAUAACAUAAUGCACACCAAUGUUUUGCACAGUAUUGCAGUUAAUAAUAUGAAAGCAUCUAUGGCUUCUGAAAGAAAGCUUGAAGAGGAAUUGCCUUCUCCUAAUUAUAACUUUCAUGUAUUCUACUACAGCUGGUAUGGGAAUCCACAGUUUGAUGGUAAAUAUAUUCAUUGGAACCAUCCUCUGUUGCCACACUGGGAUCCCAAAAUUGCAAACAACUAUCCAAAGGGAAGACACAGUCCUCCUGAUGAUAUUGGAUCCAGUUUUUACCCUGAACUUGGAACUUACAGCUCCAAAGACCCUUCUGUCAUAGAAGAUCACAUGAAACAAAUGCGUUUUGCCUCCAUUGGUGUAAUAGCUCUUUCUUGGUACCCACCUGGUAUGGCUGAUGAAAAUGGGGAACCUACUGAUGAUUUGGUACCUAUUAUUUUGGAUGGUGCACAUAAAUACAAUCUAAAGGUCACUUUUCAUAUUGAGCCCUACAAAGAUAGAGAUGAUCGCAGUAUGUACAACAAUGUCAAGUACAUAAUAGACAAAUAUGGAGGACAUCCAGCCUUUUACAGGCAUAAGACCAGCACAGGCAGAAUGCUUCCCAUGUUUUAUGUUUAUGAUUCUUAUGUAACAAUACCUGAAAUGUGGGCAAAUCUGUUAACUGUUUCUGGAUCACAAAGCAUUCGCAAUACUCCAUAUGAUGGAUUGUUCAUUGCACUUCUAGUAGAAGAAAAACAUAAACAUGAAAUCCACAGAAGUGGUUUUGAUGGAAUUUAUACAUACUUUGCCACCAAUGGCUUUUCUUAUGGCUCGUCUCACCAUAAUUGGGCAAGUCUAAAAUCCUUUUGUGACAGUAACAACUUAAUGUUCAUUCCAAGUGUGGGACCAGGUUAUGUAGACACCAGUAUCCGACCAUGGAACAACCACAACACCCGCAAUCGUGUCAAUGGGAAAUAUUAUGAAACUGCGUAUAAUGCAGCCCUUUUGGUGCGACCAGAAAUUAUUUCCAUCACCUCUUUUAAUGAAUGGCAUGAAGGAACUCAGAUUGAAAAAGCUAUUCCCAAAAAGACUGGACAGAUAGUUUACCUGGACUAUAAACCCCAUAAACCAAAUAUUUAUCUUGAACUCACUCUCAAGUGGUCUGAGAAAUAUAGAAAGGAAAAAGAACAGUGGCUCAUGUGAACUGCUACAGUCCUUGUUUCUUAGUACAAUGCAUCUAUCGUAGAGAUGGAAAUUACACUGGGAGUUCUAAUUCGAUCAAUAAACAUGUGCAUGUCAUGGAUAUACUCAAAGAAAUUGUUUUAGCCUUUGAAUGUAAUAUAUGCACUAUUAUUGUACAUUUAUUAGACUUUGGGGAUUAAAAAUAACAGUAAGGAGCAAUAUCGGCAUUUUAGCCUCUAGGAUAUUGCAAAUGGAUAUUUUGGGAAAAGCUAGAUACUUUCUAAUUCAUAGUAUGCACAUAACGCUAGCAGAAGUCUGCCUAAAAUAACUCAUAGGUGACUCAAGUAGAAUAAGAAAAUCUGGCAUUCAUUACCUUUUGCUGCUGUAUAGUUGUGUUUUAGAUGACAGUGCUUUGAUUACAGUUUUGUCAUUAAUUUCAUGCCAGAUAAAUGCCUGCUGUGUAAAAUGUAAUAUACCCUAUCUGCCUUUUGUUCCCUAUGCAUAUUCCCUUUAAACAUUUAACUUUUCUGUGAUUAUAACACCCAAAACUGGUUUUGAAAUUUAGAGUUUCUAAAGAUUCUGGGUUCAGACAUUCAGUGAAAGCUUAUCAGUUUACCUCCAGAUCAGUGUUGUUUUGAUUCUGGUCCACAGUCAUGUUGAUAGUAAAUGUCAACAAAAGUAAUUGAAAUUUUCAAACCAGAUGAGGAUUAACAAAAGAACAGUAAUUAAAGAUGCGAAGGAAAGAGGUAUCAGAAUAAUGAAUCACUGGGGGGUGGGGGAGAGUCAGUCUUACCCAAGAUUUUUUUUAAUUUUCACCGCUGAUAGAUGUUUUGUUUUCUUACGGAUUGCAGACUAAGAACUAAUGUUUGGGUAAAGAUUGAAAUAUUAUAAGUCACAUAUUCAGCAGAUCAUCUUUCAGAGAUGGUCUUUCUUUCCUUCAUGAUUUUAGGAGAACAUAGCACGCUAGCCAUUAGAACAAAUUUGUCUGUUGCCCUUUGAAAUCUGCUGUUUCAACUUUUCAGCGAGUUUGUUGCUUUUUUGCCAUACUUAAGCGCUUAACAAAUCAUGUCUUAAUUCGAGUACCAGACAAAAAUAAAGCAAAAUUAUUAUUCUUAUUUCAUUUCACAGCCUCCUUAACUAUAAAUAAGUGCUUAUGGCCAGGUCUGUGUAUAAAUUUACUAUGCCAGCCACAGCACCCUCAAACACAUGGCAUUACUGGAGACAAGCUGCCUCCUAAACUAGAAAGAGAGUAGCUGCACUUGUGUAUCCAACAAGCUAAUUGCCAUUAC